GACGCCAUGUAUUCCUGUGACUGGCUUUACGUUUAAUCUCAGCGACAGAAAGGUCUAUCGGUUAUCAGAAGCUUUAUUUAUAAUUGUAUAGUAAUUAUUUUUAUGUAUAGUCUAAUCUGUAUUUAGCAGGUUUGUUUUGUUUCAUAUUAUGCUAGCUUUUAUUUUAAUUUGUUGGUGGCAUGUCUAAUGCAGUCUAUUGCAAAGGCAUUUAUGUGUAAGUCUUGCAGAAUCUGAAUCCACGGACAAAGCAAAUCAGUUGUGACUAAAGGUUCAGAAACAAAUAUGCAGCCUGCUUCACACCUACUUCAGUAUGAUACUUCAUUCGACGUUGUCUAGCAGGUUUAUGGGACAACAUUUAUAAACAGUUAUGGAGUCUCAGACGUGCAAAGGCAGCUCGUCAAAUAGAGGCAGUUGCAGAAGACUCUCAGUGACAAAGAAAAAGAGCCAGAAGGUCAGUGCAAUCAAAGAGAGAUCAAGCAGUGGAGGUGGGGUUGCAUCCAUAACUUCAUUUUUCAGGAAUACACCACCGUGUAAACUGGCAUGUCCUCUGUGUGGCAAACUUGUGCCUCGUUACAAGAUUAAUGAACAUAUAGACUCUCAAUGUCAGAAGUUUCUUGGAGAGGAUCAUGAAGAUGCACUGGCUGUCAGUGAUGACAAGCAGGAGAAAAUAACCAAAAGACCCUUUAAUGGUGCAUCUCGAAGUGAUGAGAAAGAGAAAAGCCCAGGAGAGAAAGAUGCUGAUACAAGUCCGUAUUUUAAAAAGAACCGUGUGAUGAGGCAAGAUUCAUCUGAAACAAAUUUACAAGCUAAACCGUUUAAAACAGUUGGUCUUGGAAGCUUGUCAUCUAAACUGUCUAGAAGAGCACUUAGACUUUCAGGUGAAUCUGAGAUGGAUCAGACUCGUGUCUCUGGACAAGAAGAGACUAAUGAUGCAGAACUGAGCAGUUCACAGAAGGAAAAUUGCAGGAAGAGUUUAAUUUUUGAAUCUGAAGCUGGUGGCAUGGAUACAGAUAAUACAUUCCCAACAGAGCCAGCUGCUUCAAACCAACCUCAAGUGAAAAACAUGGAGAAGUCUGUGGCAGUUCUGGCAGACUCAAGCAGCAGCGCUGACAAUCAGUCAGUGAAGUCUUCAUCCUCAUCCAGGGUACUAAAGCGUAAAUCAGACGAGUUGUCUAAAAAUGACACAAACACUACAGAAGUCUCCGUCGUACAUAAGAAAAGUAGAUAUUUUCAAAGUAAAACUGAAAACAGACAUGAAACAAAUGUCAAGUCAGAUCAAACUGAGGCCUCGUCUGAUGUUGUUCCGUUAUCAGAGAGUCAAAUCAAGAGCAAGACCACAAACAAGGACAUUGAGAGGAAGCCCGAAACCACACCAGCCAAUGAGUCCAAAGCACUCGGCGUAGAGAAAGUCAGCGAGGGAUCACAGCGUCAGCACACCAGGCUGCCGUAUUACCUGCAGAACUUUCAGACUGUCCUUGAGGCGGUGUUGGAGAAUGAGGACGAUAGGAUGCUCUUCAAUGAGGAAGACUUCUCAACCAUUCACACUUUUCAGCAGCUCUCAGUACCUGGUCAGAUGCUUUAUGUCCGUCUGUUUCAAAGAAAGCUGAAAUGGCUUCAGGUCAGGAAGUUGGAAUACACAGAGAUCAGCUCAGACCUCAGACCUGUCAUUCAAGAGCUGGUUGCAUGUGGCUUCUUACAAACAGAAUCCGAGCUUCAUGACAUCCAAGAAGUUUUGGAUUUGCUGCCUGCACCGGAGCUCAGAAACCUGGCCAAAACCUUUCACCUUGGCCGUGGAGGCAACGGGACUCAGAAACAGCAGUUGGUGGAGGGGCUACUCCAGCUGGGGAAACAGCGAUCGCUCUUUGUCUGUCAAAACAACACGGCUGCAGUCAUUCUCAAGAGGGCCAAGCAGGCUGCGGGUUCCUGUGUGCGUCUGUGCCGCAGGUCACGUGCCGUGUUCUCCCGCGUCCUGCUCCUCUUCUCCCUCACAGACACUCUGGAGGAGGAGGAGAUGGCCGCUGGAGGUCAGGGGCAGCUCUACACCAUUCUGCUUGUCAAUUCUGGCCGCCUAGCUUUCCCAGAGUACACAGUUAAUCGCUCAACCAGACUGUUUGAGGACCGGGAUGACCUCAUCAGGUAUGAAACAGCGAUGCGUGCUCUGCAGGAAGUGAUUGCUGCAAUGCAGACAGGCAGCUGGGAGGACGCCCAUGUCCUCUAUGCUACAGCAAAGGCCACCUGGCAGGAGAUGAAAGACUCCUGUGACCUAAGUCAUCAAGAACAACUGCCUGUUUUUCUGCGGUGUUUCACUGUGGGCUGGACCUACACUCGGAUACUGUCUCGAGGAGUUGAGAUUUUACAAAGACUUCGCCGCUAUGAGGACGCUGUGGAGGAGCUCAGGAUUCUUCUGUCCCAGUCAGUGUAUUGUGUGGACAGUAGGGGGCGCUGGUGGGACAGACUUGCUCUUAAUCUCCAGCAACAUCUUAAAAAACACGAGCAGGCCAUCUGUGCUAUCCGGGAUGGACUGAAUGACCCUCUGGUCCGAACAGGCCACAAAUUGUCACUUCACCAGCGAGCUUGUCGGAUGAAGGAAUCUGCUAGCUUGAAGAAGUACCGUCUGCUGCUCCGAGAUCUGCCCACUGUGCACGUACAGGAUGUCACUCAUGUGACAAUUCGAGGCCAGCUCUUUCCUCAUGAGGGUGGUAUGGGGAAAUCAGUGUUCCUCAGAGCGGCCAAUGAGGAUGGAGGCUCCACAGAGGGACGAGGGACUAUGGUCAUGUGUUCUGUUGAGGAACUGGCUCUGGAACACUACAGAACUCUUGGUUUUGAUCAAGGUAUUCAUGGAGAAGGCUCUACAUUUUCCACCCUUUUUGGACUCCUCAUGUGGGACAUCAUCUUUAUCGACGGGGUUCCUGAUGUUUUCCGAAACCCCUACCAGACUUGUCCUCUGGAUUUGCACACUGAUUGUUUCUACGGUAACCGGCGGGAAACCAUCGAGGCGCGUGCUGAGAUGUUGCGCGAGGCGUCUGCCGAGACGCUGCAGGAGCUGCUCGCUGAUGUGUGGAACGCACAGGAGGGGAGAGUGUGUGUGCUGAUAAACUGGGAGCGCUUCUCCUCUCUUCAGCAGGCACAGAGUCUAGUGGCAUGUCUGGGUGGACACUUCCUGAGCGGUGUGGUCCUUAGAAUGGCAAAGGACUACAGGCAUUGUAGAGGAGGACUUCCAGAUCUAGUAGUCUGGAGCACGUCCAACAAGAAGUACAAGCUGGUGGAAGUGAAGGGUCCUAAUGACCGUCUGUCCCAGAAGCAACAGAUCUGGCUGGAUGAGCUGCAUAAGCUUGGGGCCGAUGUAGAAGUUUGUCAUGUCACUGCCAUUGGAGGACGAGGGGCUCGACGGGAGUGAGGCUGCUGUCACACUGAGAAUGAAGACUCAUGCAUGCAUGCAUGGCUCACCAAGCAGGCAGAGUUAGAAAUGUUUGA